GGCAAUCACCAGCAAACGAGGAUCCUUACAAUUUACACUUAAUUAACAUUUCAGCCCCCAUCUGAAGAACACGACCCAGCCAUUUUGGAAAAGUUGCUAUCGAUAAGGAUUGAUGCCCACUCACAUUAUACAAGACGGCAAGAUGAUGGGUCAUUGCCCUUUUUACGUUUUGAUGAAAUUCCUCAGUGGGUUUUUGGCUUUUUCCACUACCCCACCUCCAGGAUGCGGUGCUGAGUCCUCAAGACACUUUGAAAAAAUGAAACAAAGGAAGAAACUCAACGGCUGAACCUCUGCGAAGACUAUGUGGACUGGAGGAAGAGACCUGCUGUGAAAGGACGCCAUGGAGGCAUGCUGGCUGCCUCCUUUGUAUUGGUUGUUGAAGUAUUGGAGAAUCUAGCAUUCCUGGCCAAUGCAAGCAACCUUGUUCUGUAUCUUUCCAAGUUCAUGCAUUAUUCUCCAUCCGAGUCUGCCAACAUCGUCACCAAUUUUAUGGGCACAGCUUUCCUUCUUGCGCUCCUUGGUGGCUUUCUAGCAGAUGCUUUCUUCACCACUUACUCUAUCUUCUUGAUAAGUGCUGCAAUAGAAUCCUUGGGUCUGGUAAUUCUGACGCUUCAAGCUGAUGUACCACAUCUGAAGCCUGCAAGAUGCGUUUCAAAUGCAGUGGGGAAUGGAAAUCCAUGCCAUAAAGUUGAAGGUGGAGAAGCGGCCAUGCUAUUUGCAGGGCUUUACAUGGUGGCACUUGGAGUUGGGGGGAUAAAAGGGGCGCUUCCUCCUCAUGGGGCUGAGCAGUUUGAUGAGACCAGCUUUGAAGGAAGGAAGAAAAGAUCUGUAUUCUUCAACUACUUCAUCUUCUGUCUUUCCUGUGGAGCUUUGAUUGCUGUAACUCUGGUGGUGUGGAUGGAAGAUAACAAAGGCUGGCAAUGGGGUUUUGGGAUAUCCACUCUUACAAUACUCAUCUCUAUUCCUAUUUUCCUCCUUGGAUCGCCUACUUACAGAAUUAAAACGCCAGCCGGAAGCCCAAUUACAACCAUUUUUAAGGUUCUAGUCUCAGCUGCUUUCAACAGUAGGAAGAAAAAGACUCGUAAUAACGUUGUGAUUAAUAUAUCCACGAGUUCAGUAUCUUCAGAUGCUACCACAGAUAUUAUAGUUGAUGAGCAAAGACAGACUCUGGAAAAGGAAAACGACCCAAUUCCAAUUCAAACACAAGCCAUGGAGUUCCUGAAUAAAGCUACAAUCGAUAACCCCAACCAUCCACAACUAAAUUGCACCGUCAAACAAGUAGAAGAAGCCAAAAUAGUACUAAAAGUUCUCCCCAUUUUCACUUCUACCAUAAUGCUCAACUGCUGUCUCGCACAGCUCUCCACAUUCUCAGUCCAACAAGCCGCCACCAUGAACACCAAACUCGGCUCUCUCAAAGUCCCCCCUGCUUCUCUCCCUGUGUUCCCUGUCCUCUUCAUCAUGAUCCUCGCACCAACUUACAACCAUCUCGUUCUCCCAAUUGCAAGAAAACUCACCAAAUCCGAAAUGGGAAUAACCCAUUUACAAAGAAUCGGAACAGGGCUAGUUCUAUCCACAGUGGCAAUGGCAGUAGCAGCAUUAGUUGAAACCAAGAGAAAGAACUUAGCUAUCAAAACCCACAAAUUGGAUUCUCCUGACCCUUUGCCCAUCACUUUCCUUUGGGUGGCUUUGCAGUACUUGUUUUUAGGGUCGGCUGAUUUGUUCUCCUUGGCUGGAAUGAUGGAGUUUUUCUUCACAGAAGCCCCUUUGAGUAUGAGAUCUUUAGCCACUGCUCUGUCAUGGGCUUCCUUAGCCAUGGGGUAUUACUUUAGCUCUGUUUUGGUGACUCUUGUCAAUGGUGUUACUAAGGCUUGUGGGCUCAGGCCAUGGCUGUAUGGGAAAAGCUUGAAUCAUUAUCAUUUGGAGAGAUUCUAUUGGGUUAUGUGUAUCUUGAGUGGACUUAAUUUCUUGCAGUAUCUGUUUUGGGCUAGUCGCUAUACUUAUAGAUCCAUUAAUGGAGGAGAGCAGUCUUUGAAGGAACAGCCAUAUAAAUCUGAUUUAAUCGAGGAGAGAGAGGUGUAGUGAUGAACAUUGUGUUAUUAUCUAUAUAUAUGUAUACACACGUUUGAAAUGGUUAGAGUGUAAGAUAUCCUAUUGAUUUUAUUACGUGGCAAUGAUUUGUUAA